UGCUGCCACUCCAGACUGAAUGCAAACGGAGGGGGGAGUAGAGAGAGAGAGGGAAGGAGCGAGUGUACAGGCCUUGCCAAAUAAAGCCAUGGGGGCCUGGGCAGUGACGGCCCUUUCUACGCUAUAAAUACGCUGUUCUUCUGCCGGUUCGGGUUUGGUGCCUGGAGCUCUGGACCAGCGACUGCACCAGCCCGGCUCAGGAGAUUCUCAUCUGCUCUCAGGCCCGUCACUAUGCCCCGGGUGGAUGCUGACCUCAAACUGGACUUCAAAGAUGUCCUUUUCAGACCAAAGAGGAGCAGUCUGAAGAGCAGGUCUGAGGUUGACCUGCAGAGGACCUUCACAUUCCGGAACUCAAAGCAGACGUACAAUGGCAUCCCGAUCAUCGCUGCUAACAUGGACACCACCGGCACUUUUGAGAUGGCACAGGUGCUCAGCAAGCACACACUCUUCACAGCCAUCCAGAAGCACUACUCCCUGGAGGAGUGGAAGACUUUUGCAGCCAGUCAUCCAGAGUGCCUUGAGCAUGUGGCUGCCAGCUCGGGCAGUGGAGCGGCGGAUCUGGAGAAACUGUGCAGCAUCCUGGAGGCCAUUCCUCUCAUCCAGUACAUCUGCCUGGACGUGGCCAAUGGCUACUCUGAACACUUUGUGGAGUUUGUAAAAAGAGUUCGGGAAAGGUUUCCAAAGCACACCAUCAUGGCAGGAAAUGUGGUGACAGGGGAGAUGGUGGAGGAACUCAUUCUGUCUGGAGCUGAUAUUAUUAAAGUGGGCAUUGGGCCAGGUUCUGUGUGCACCACACGCAUUAAGACCGGGGUGGGUUAUCCUCAGCUGAGCGCUGUUAUCGAGUGUGCAGACUCGGCCCAUGGACUGAAGGGACACAUCAUCUCUGACGGAGGCUGCAGUUGCCCUGGGGAUGUUGCUAAAGCUUUUGGCGCUGGGGCAGAUUUUGUCAUGCUGGGAGGAAUGUUAGCGGGGCACGAUCAGUGUGCUGGUGAAAUCAUUGAAAAAGAUGGCAAGAAGUUCAAGCUGUUUUACGGGAUGAGUUCAGACACCGCCAUGAAGAAGUAUGUCGGAGGGGUAACAGAGUACAGGGCAUCAGAGGGCAGGACGGUACAGGUGCCCUACAAAGGUGAUGUAGAAAACACCAUCAGGGACAUCUUGGGUGGCCUGCGGUCCACCUGCACAUAUGUAGGAGCUGCCAAACUCAAAGAACUGAGCCGCAGGACGACCUUCAUCAGAGUUACACAGCAGUCUAGCCAAAUGUUCAACUAGCCAUGCACGCUAAAAACAUGUAAACUCACAAAUACAGAUUCACAAGUUAAGGAAUAGAUGAACUGAAAAUAAUCCUGUGAAUUUGGAUGCACUGUCCCUUUAAAUGGCAGUCCAGCGAUACAUACGAAAAAAGAAAGACAUGUUCAUAAACAGUUUCAGUUUUGUGUGCUCUUUAGAUUCACGAAUCUACAGUAUCUGAUUCAUUAUGUAACUCACUCAAAACGCUAUUACACUCAUACAGACAGACCCAUGGAUACGGUUUCGCUCGGGAACCUUGCUGUACACCAGUGCAUUUCCUUGGAAAACCAAUUAUGUUGAAGCAUGGCUCAGUUUUGUUCAUUUCAAGUUCUCUAACGUAUGCAAUGUGUCUGCAUCUGUAUGAGACAGAGGGUGAAUAAGAAAACAGGACAAUACUGGGGCAAAUUUAGUCAUUCUUUGUAACUAUGCAAUCCAUUCUCUCCCUAGAGUGUAACAAUCAGCAUGACGGUUUGAGAGUUUGAGAGAAAGAAAUGACUGUUAGUGGAGGAUUUAAACACCAGCAGAGAAAAUUCUCUGCCACAUUAAGAUCUAGUCCCUGCGUGUCGUUGAUUUGAGCAGCGAGUGGUGCAUUGUGUACUGUUGUGAACUAUUUCUGCUGGCCUGCUUCCUUUGUGAUUGUACAGAGGGUGUGGUGGGAUGUCAUAUCAGACCAUAGGAAUGUGAAAACGGCUGCACCUCAUUUCUUCAGCAUGCCUUGUUAAAUGUAUUCCGAGUAAAACAUUACAUAUUAAGGAAUAAACAUCUGACUGAAAAUGUGGAUGUUUUAUGCUUUAAAAAGCUUUAUUUUUGUCAAUUAUGUGAUCAAAUGUGUUAUUUUGGAAUAAUGACUAACUAUAUGUAAUUCUAUUAUUAUGCUAAGAAAAGAACAGUCCAUUAAAACAUACAAAACAACCAGCAUACACUACAGUAACAGAAAUAUCCAAGUCCUCUCAGGUAAUUUUUACUACAAUUGAUAACUGAAAAGCAAGAUGGCGCCAAUUGAGUUUGAAUGAAACGAGAAAGAAAGAACGGCCUCUGUUCCCGAAGUUUCAUUUUUCACAUGAGGAUAUUUUUAAAAAGUCUUUGUUAAUGAGUUAUAAUACAUCAACCAAACCAACCAGCUAUAAGGUCAAACACAAGAUUACAAACUUUAGCAAAAUAGCAAAGAAAAUGUCCUUGAAAAUCAGAUAAAAGGCAAAGGUACAAGACUGAGAACAUGAGGGGAAUGAACUACAAUCCCAUAAAGCACUGCAAAUGCAAUCAAAAUAAAAACAAUCCAGAAAUAUAAAACUAUUGAUUUAAAGAUGUUGAUACAGAAACAACACUAUGUUUCUUGUAAAAUAUGCAUUACGCAUUUGAGAGCAUAGGAAGGCGGAUUUACAUUGCUUCAUGGGAGUGGCUGGGGACUUGGUGAUUUCUCUGGAGAAUCAUGGGUAAUUCCACUGUUGAAUGUAAUUAUUAAAAAAAUAAGUUAAUAUAAUGCAUAUACUAUCGAUUAACGACCUCGUAGCUCACAAUAGGUCUGUCUUUAAUGGUUUAUAAAUUGUUAAAAAUGAAUGGGAUUUUUUUUAAUCUUGGAACUCAACUGUUGCACUCUGUUGGGAACCCAAGCAAAUCCCACUGGAUCCACAAUGAUAGUGCAUUUCAUAUUUUUUAAUUGUGUGUACAUUCAGAAUUUUAUUAAUCAACUUACCUUCUUUUUAGACUACUGUACUGUGCUUGAAACUAAAUGGUAAACACAAGGACAGACAAGCAGACAGAGCUGAAUCGGUCUGGCUUAUUGUAUCAGUCAUAACUAUCUCCCAGUCAAGUGUGGGUUAGUCAGUGUCUGAUAAUAUCUCAUUGUCUUGCAUCUACACUUUUUCAAAUGAAUGAUCCAGCCCGGACCAGAAGUGAAUAUUCAAGGCCACCAACACCCACACUCCAUUGACUAGGUGCACUGGAGUCAAAGAAGCCUGCAGAAUACCUCUGUGUGCAAUUGUUUGCGAGUAUAUGUUCAUGUCCCACGCUGUCUGACAAAAACACUUUUGAAAUCCCAUUCUCACAAAUCACAAACUCCAAAAAGGGUGCAGUUUGCAAUUGGCACUAUAAUUUUUAUUAGUACGUGUAUACUGCAACAAUAAACUUGUACUGGUGUACAGACAAUUUCUUUUUUAAACAAAUUUGUUCACAACCUGAAUCAAAUAUUGUUUUGUUGUUCAGAAUAAUGAAAUAAGUUCUAACUAGAAAACCGGCAAGCACCAUCAAAGAAAGGGACCAAAAAAUCCAAGAAACAACGUGAGUGUAUCCUACAAAUAGACACACCACAAUUAGAAAAUAGAAUUUCAAUUCAAAUUUUUUUAUAUUAGUUUUCUUUUUAAAAAAGCUAGUGCAAGUACAAUAUUUUGCACAACUUACAGAGUAUGCACGCAUAUGGAAAUAAAAUGGACCAAAAGAAAAAGAAAAAGGCCUUUCACAAUGAUUUCCUACCUAGGGCUUUAUAUUUAUAUUUUUAUUAUCUAGUGUCCUUUACUAAAUAAGGUGCAAAACACUACUUCCUCUCCUAAUGACCAUCUCUUGCUACUGGCCAGACUCCUCUGAUACAAUUUCCUAGAAAAUAGAACCUCGGGAUUGGAUGUGACAUUCAAUUUUUCUUUAACAGUCUCGCUCAACAUUUCUGUGUGGUGUCUUACACACUAUAGGUCCAGUAAAUCCACAGCACUGAAGCUAUGGAGAAAACAACAACACUGACAAUAUGCCUCCACCCAGUCAUUGUUUUCAAACAGUAGGUAAAGGUCCAAUCCGGAGGUUUUAUACUCGUGGAUCUUUCUGCCCAAUGGCAAGUGAAAAAAGAAACUAGAAACAGCUUCCAUUUCCCUUCCAAUGGAAGACUUCAAAUCUCUUUAUGACAAGACCUGCAACACCUCUAGUCCAGCAAGCCCGGGGUAUUACUGCUAUAUCUGAACCCACUCCUUCCUGAGGAAUGACCAAUGGCUUCCUGUGUAUCACAAAACACUUUUUAGUCUCAAAAGGGG